GUACUAUAUAUUAAACUUCCAAGCUAGGCCCACUAAUUUAUAUUUGGGCUUUAUAGCUUAGUCAUAAGACGACCCAUUCGUUUACCGACCGUAGCCGGUACGAAUAAUUGCGGUUGAUCUUUCUGUUAUCUUCAUCCUCUCCUCUCUCCAGAUUCUCAAGUCAUCAAUCAUUCUCUGGAUCCAACAACACAAUAUCGUUUCUUCAUUAGAAGAUGGAUAAGAAAGAGGAACAUGUGAAGCAUCCGAACGAAUGGGAAGUCGUGUCCCUUACUUCAUCAGCUUAUGCUGCUUCUCCUAGUCCAUAUAACUCAAGAGAUGCUUACUAUGAAGCUGAAAAUUCACGCGAUUUGUUCAUGUCUGACCACUUUGUAUUCCCACCUAGCCAGCAUGAGAAUUUACCCCUUGAUGAUGAAGAAAAAAAGGAUGGCGGCCAAGGCUUUAUGCUGGAAGUUCAGGAAUCGUCUGAUGAGUUACGGAAUGAAAAGAGUAUCUAUGGUGAAGCUGCGCUUAGUCCUUCUCAACACAUGGUGUAUGAACACGGGUUAAUUGACUCUGAGCCAAAUGAGUAUGCUGAUGUGGACUUGGAUCCCCUUGGACUUGAGAAGGAUGCUAAGAAAGCAACACACGACCUUCCUUGGUGGAGAAGGAGAGCUGUUUCUGUAUAUUUACGGACAAGAGAAGCGAAUGCGGUAUGGUCCUUAUUCUUUGCGGCUGCUGUCACGGGACUCGUAGUUCUUGGUCAACGCUGGCAACAAGAGAGGUGGCAGGUUUUGCAACUCAACUGGCAUUCAAGCAUCAGUAGCGAGAAGCUGAGCAGGGUACUUGAACCUCUAUCACGCUUGAAAGACGUGAUUGUGAGAGGUAACCCACAAGCUUCUCUCCUAAGGAGUGGCACCUCUAGUGAGAUCUAGUGACAAAAGGAUAUAUGUUGCUCACAAGAGCACAUGUUUAUAUAUAUACACAAACUUGGUCUUGAGUUACAUAUGUGUGCCUCAAUGUCAAAACGCUUUUGGUUUUAUUUUAGCCUAUGUUGCUUCAUUAUCUUGUACCAUUUGAACAAUGAUCCAGUUGCCUUUUGGCAAAACUUUCUCUUUCUGUUACAGAACUUCUUCUUUAUUUGCUAGUUUGGAAAUAUACACACUUGUUUCUUUUUGUUCAAUAUUAUGAAUUAUUUACUUUCA